AUGACUUCUACACACUACCUCUCACUCCUCUCGGUGCUCGUGGUGAUGGCUGUUAACGGGAGUCCCGUGCCCAGCGCGCCUAGUUGGACCUCUGGAGAGGAGCUUGCGGUAGAAUCGUUCUCCGGUGAACCGGGCGCGCCGCCGAUAUGGGAGAACGCGAUCAAGGUGAUCAAGCUGCUCGUUCAGGAAGUGAUCAACUUCCGAGACCAACAGUUUGUGGAGGAGUUUCAGAAGCCCGUGGAAGAGAUGUCAUCGUUCAUACAGUACCAGGUCCCUUCCAUCCCCACACACCUCUCCAAGACCCCCUGCUCCACCUCAAACUACAACAAGGAGGCAUGUCUGCAGAAGAUCAGUCAUGGUCUGCAGGUGUACCAUGUUCUUCUCCAGCACGUUAAGGCUGAAUACCCACAAUCCACCCUGCUCCCCUCUGUCAUGCACCAGACUACUGUCCUGAUAGGCCUGUUCAAAGAGAAGAUGAAGUCUGGUGAGGUAGUAGAGGACCUGUCUGCCAGUGAGAGGGAGCGUGUGCUGGGUGAGGUGUCUACAGGGACAGAGUGGGAGACGAAGACCAGCGUUCACGCCAUCCUUAGGGAACUACGUAACUUCCUGGUCGACACCAAGACAGCCCUCCGGCGCAUGGGGAAGAGGGGCGAAGGCUGCCAGUAACCAUGACAUCACUAUGGUGGGCAGAGGUGUGUUAGAUCAGGCUUGGAGUAAAAACCUGCACUGAUGUCUUAUUCUCUGAAUCAGCUGUUUAUUUUUAUUUUUUGAAUGUAAUACUUGACUGAACUUCAAAACAAAGUUAUUUAUAUAUUUAUUCAUGUUUUUAUGGUUGAGAUGAAAAAUGUAUUGAAUUUAUUUAAUCUGAUUAAUUUAUUUGAUCUCGAGCAGCUUUGUGCCUCUUGU